UGUUUCUAUGGCUACAAAACGUUGCUUGCAAGAACAGGCUGGUCAGCCACCCGUUCAGCAAUAAUGGAUUGUCUACCAGAAGAAGUUGACUUAAGAAAGAAACACGAAGAAAUUUUAGGAAAGAGGGCUGUGUUGCUUCGCGAGAUGGAGCGUCGAUAUGAAGAACAUAAAUGCAAGAGAAGACUUCAGUUGCAACAGUCGCCCGCCGCACACGAGAGAAACGCGCAACUCUUAGCGGAUAUGCAGACAUUGGAGGAUCGUCUUAGAACAAGGCAACUCCCACACCCCGAUGUCCUGACCCUUGAGACACGUUACUGGGCUUCUGUUGAGGGGAAUAUUCCAGAAUGGGAGCGAUUCCUCUUGACUAAGGGACCACACCCCGUGGACGAGACAGGCAAGCCACCCAGGAGACAGAAGCACAAAGUACCUCUCAGAGAUCAUGUCCCUACACAAGAGAGGGCUCUGCCCCCACACCCCAAAGCAAGAGCAGCCAAACGACCUUGAGAAAACAGUCGAAUAAUGUAUCAUAUAUCUGGCCCACAACAGAUGCUUACGUUUACCUCCUCCUAAGGUGAAAGAUGCUCUAACUUUCGCUUGUGCCUGUUUCAUCUAUCUGCAGUUGUUUUGAAACAUUGGAGGAAUUGACUUCCUGAUGAUUCGUGUUAAGCAUUUGUGUGGCCACAAGGGGGAGGUAUAACCUUAGAUUUGAAAAAUUGCCAGAGUUUGAAAAUGGGAUGAUACUAUUCUUAAUUUAUAUGUAUUUAUGCUAGGACUGUAAUUAAUAUUUUGUACCCUUCAAGCACUGCAUAUUUUUAGCACAGUAUUAGGCCUUUAUUAUAUGUGAUUACUGUAUUAACACAAAUUAAGAAUACUGUUAUUUGGAACUAAAUGUGGCAUAAGGAGAAUGUGCGAUAAGUGUCACAUACACAUUUCAAGACCUGAGAGACUUUCUUCAGCAUUAGGUAACUAUCGAGCUAUAACCAAUGUUACAUUUAUUCUUCACAUCUGACUUCAUUAGGAGUACACAUCAAAUAUGUGCCUACUGUGUAAAUAAUUGAAAAAAUAAAUUAAUUUUGCC